AUCAUCGCAUCGCUCAACUAGAAAAUCAUAAGUCAAUCCAAUAAUCCCAUCCUUCAACGGGAAAACCAAAAUCCAAAGCCUCUUCCUUUCUGCUUCUGAUUUGUUCUUCUACAAGGAUGUUUUGACGGAAGGGUAAUUCCUGAUCGUUUCUACAUGUAUCGUAUAUGUCAAAAUCACAUCACUCUCAACGAAGAUUUCAGCCUUAAAAUAAUUGGUAUGUCUUUGCUACUAGAUUGCUCUGGUUUAUCAAGAAUAUCCUUGAUAUGGGCUUGUUUUGAUUUCUGUUUCGCCCAUAGCAUGUUCUUGAGGAAUCUAGCUGCAGUUGUAACAUGCCGCACAUGCUGUUUUCCAGUUGUAAAAUGUUGCCCAUGCUGUUUUUGCUGCUGCGCAUGCUGUUUUUCAGUUGUAAAAGCUGUAAAAUGCUGUUGUUUCUGCACGUGUUGCUGCUGCUGGUUCUUAUUUUUUGAUGUAGCAUGCUGCACAUGCUGUUGUACCAGCUGCACAUGCCGCUGUUCCUGCUGUUCCCGCUGCACCUGGAGCUUUUGCCGCUGCCCAUUUUGUUGUUGCUGCUGCGCAUGCUGAUGCACAUGCUGCUGCGCAUGCUGCUGCUCAUGUUGCUGCGCAUGUUGCUGUGUCUGCUGUUGCACAUGGACUACAGCUUGAAGUUUUUGUUUCCUUGUUUAUCAGUUUGUUGAUUUAUUGGCUUAAAAAAGGUCUUCUUAUUCUUUCUCCUGGUGACCUCAAUGAAGCCAUCUUCAUCUUGCAUUUUUGUGAUCACUCCUUCUCCCUUUAAUUGUUGUGCUUCUCCUUGUUCCCCCUCUUUUUGCUUGCUCGACCCUUCCUCUAU